AUGAGACGUUUCCUGUGGGGUGGGGGGGGGUGGGGGGGGGCAUGUGAACUCUUUUUGACAGACAUCCGUUCAUCGACAAAGCAAGACAUUGUCACAAUGGCAGACCCUAAUACCUCCCACCCUUUGACUGUGGACGACUUUGGUGAAUUGUACCAUGAGUUAAACUACACUGACUUCAACAUAACCUAUGAGAUAGACGAAAACACCCUAACCUGCAAUACUUCCCCCAUCUCCUCCGCUGUGACAGUGGCCGUAUGUGCCUUAUACGUCCUCAUCUUUAUCUUGGCCAUUCCUGGGAACCUGGUGGUGGGGCUGGUGAUCGGCUCCAGCAAGCAGUUACUGUCUCCCUCCGACUUAUACCUCCUCCACCUGGCUGUGGCCGACGUCCUGCUGGCUCUCACCCUCCCUUUCUGGGCCACCUCUGUCACCGUGGGCUGGGUGUUCGGCGACGCCAUGUGCAAACUAGUCAGCGUCUUCCAGGAGGCCAGCUUCUAUGCCAGCAUCCUGUUUUUGUCCUGCAUCAGCGUGGACCGCUACCUGGUGAUCGUGCGAGCCAUGGAGGCUUCCAAGGCUGCUCAUCGCCGAGAGGUCAGCUGGGGCACCUGUGCCAUUGUCUGGCUCAUGGGUGGCCUGCUGUCCCUGCCUGGGCUCUUCAACCACGCCUUCCUCCCAUCCGGCACAGAGCGGGUGACAUGUGCCGAGAGUUACGCACCAGGCAGCGCGGCGGUUUGGCGGCUGGUCACACGGGGUCUCCGGCACGUGUUAGGGUUUCUCCUCCCGUUGACCGUUAUGGUGGCGUGCUAUGGUGUGAUUGUGGCUCGACUCCUGCGGACCCGGGUUGGCUUCCAAAGGAAGAGGGCCAUGAGGGUGAUUGUUGCGGUGGUGGUGGCCUUUCUGCUGUGCUGGACACCCUACCACCUGGCGGUGAUGGUGGACACCCUAUUCCGGGCAAAGGUGGUGGGGUACGGUUGCCAAGAGAGGAGUGCCGUGGACAGGGCCUUGUUCGCCACCCAGAGUCUGGGCCUGCUGCACAGCUGCGUCAACCCGUUUCUGUAUGCCUUUGUUGGGGAGAAGUUUAGGAGGAGGCUGGUCCAGAAAGUGGGUGUGAUGGAGCAGCGAACGUCGAUGACCAGGGCCAGCAGAUCCAGCUCUCAGACCUCGGAGGCCACCUCCACAUUCAUGUGAUCUCAAAAUGUGUUUGUGUAUUUUUACCCCAGAUUAUAAGUGGUGCUAUGGGUGUGCAGAAAUAUGGCCACAUAACUGUCAACAAACUGGAAAUUCAAAACUGCCUCCUUGAGACCACAUUUGUCAUUACAUGUAUUAUUAACUCAAUGCAGCAAUUCUUUGCGAACAGCAAGUGAAACGCCCCUUGCGGGAAUCGAAACCUAUGUUUCCUAGCCCGUAGGCAAACCUGCAAACCGCUGCUCCAACAAACAUGUACCCUUUUUGUUUGGGAUUUACAAACUUGGCGAUGACAUACAUAUGCAUGUUUCCCGUUAUAAAUCAGACCUGUCAUAAAACUGCGUGCGUGAAUUCACCUUUUUAUGUUGACAAUAGCGCCUUUUAUUUGCUGUAUAAUUUGGAACUGUUGGAAUUAGUUUCUGAAAGAAAUACCAAUGGCAAAUUUGAUUACACUGCUGUUGUGGUGUGGGCAGAAUGUUUUAAUAUUUUACAGUGACUUUUUCAAACUAAAUAUGCAUGCUGCCUAUAGCGGGUGCCAAACACUUGAUUGAUUGUAUAUUAGAAACAACUUAAAAGUAAAAUUCUACAGCCCACACUUCUAUGCAAAAGACGAAUUGUUGUUCAACAUUUUGUUUAUCAAUAGAUUAUUGUGUUUCUAUCUCCUUCCUUGGUGUAGGCUCUGAUAUUAAAUAGGCUAUGACCUUGCGCUCCUAUUGCAUAGCAAUACUGUAGCCUAUACAGUCAAAUAUUUUACAUAAGCUACCAGUCUAUUUACUGUGUUGGCAGAAUGCUGUGAAAUUUUCUGAAAGAGAAAAUGAUGCCAAAUUGUUGUGGACCUGUCAGCAGAACGUUUUAAUUUAACAAUGUUUUGCCUUUCCCCCCAACCUAAUAUGCUGGACUGACCGCAAAUUCUGAAAACAUUGUCUAGGCUACUAAAAAACGAAUAAUUACAUUAGUGUACUAACAGCCAUUUCCCGUUAUUGUUUGAAUUAUUCAAAAAAUAAAACGCUGAUUCUUGCUCUUCUCACUUACUGCAAAUGGCUGCAUCUUGUUAUUAUGUUUAUGAGUAAGUGUGUUGUGACACACAUAUGUAUGGUCAUAUUUUUUAUGUUUUAUUUCAUUUGUUAUUUAUCAUUUUCUAGGCCUCCUAGCUAUUUGCAUUUAAAUUAUUGUGUUUGUACUGCCACUAGGGGGAGCUGUGACGUCAAAUGGGAGCGUUAGUGAGAUCGUGAGAUUUUUGUUUUGUUUUUUGUUUGUUUUAUUAUACA